AAUUUUAUUAUUAAACAACACAAUAAUCAAAGCAGCAAAAAGACUUGGGGAAUAUCAGAGUUUUGAGAUUGAAGAACGGACAGAUCAAUAAAAGAUUUGAGAAUUAAAUUUUUGAACUUUCGAAAGAAACCAGUAGAGUUUUGAUCUUUUCGCCUUCUUGAGCUUAUUUUUCGUGGGGAUUAUUUGUCUCCCAAAGGAGACAUCCGUACAGAAACUGCGGAGACCCGGUAACGAUUGCUAUUGAUCGUCGGACCUUAUCUGAGUUCAUAAACACUUGUGUUUCAGAAACAAGCAUCGUGGCUUAAGGCCGUUUUGCUUCUGGAGAGAACCUUUUCGGAUCCAAUAUAUUGUUUCAUGGCAGGAAAUGGCCUGCCAACACUGGGUCGUGUCAAGCUCAGUGAUCUAGCUCCCUCUGAAGGUCUUCCUCCUGAUUCUUACAAGUUAGCUGUCACGACGUUAUCGCAGUCCUUGGCCCAAUACUCUGCUGCGGUUAUUCAGUUUCCUGCCGGCGACGGGGCGCUCUUGAGAUCCAGUCUGGAUUCUGCCCGGCUCUACUUUCACCAGAGAGAUUCAUAUCCUGCCUCCGAUAUGAUCCACUCGAAUGAUUCGCGUGAGUGGUGCAAGACGUCUGGUUACUAUGCAGAUCCUCAGUUGUGGCAGGAGAAUUAUGACUACAGACCUGGUUUGACCCCCACUGAGCCCAAUAACUCGCUGGAGUUCCCUCCGGCGGGUUUGCCCGAUACAUUUGCUCUACUUGGAAAGGCGGCUCGGCUAGUUCUUGAUGCCAUUGGCUUCUAUUUGAACCUGAGAAGCUGCCCGUUUUCCGAGAUUCUUGAUAACAUUCCCUUGAGGAACCGUGAGAUUUCGUCCUCUGUGUUGUCAGUGUGCUGUUAUGCAAGACCGUCGUUCCACGGAGCACAGCACCAUAACAUAUCGGAGGACGGUCAGCUUAUCAUGUACCCUGACCAUGACCACCAAGUAGACAAGAGUCUAAUAUCGGUUAUGAAGUCGGAUAAGGCUGGGAUGCACGUGAGGGACAUGCAUGGCCGAUGGGUUCUAGUGGAUGCGGAUCUCGGCCCUCAAGAGGCCGUCGUGUACCCGGGGCUUGCUGUUUACCAGGCUACAGCAGGAUACGUAAAUCCUGCCCUUCACAGGACAGAAAUAAACAAUAUGCAAGGGAAUAUAUACGGGCGAUGCUCCUUGGCCUUCAAACUCAUGCCUAAGUCCAUGACCAGUCUCAGUUGCUCGGAGAUGAGAGCAGCUGGCCAUGGAGUUGAAGCUCAAUUCCAGCUCCCGGUUUCAGUUGACGAUUUCAUGCAGAGAUCACACUCCAACGACGAAAUCUUCAACAGACAGAGUUUGCAGAGUUACAGUGUUCCUCAAUCCCAGGAUGGAUCUAUGAAGCAACUGGCGAAGCGGAGAAAAAGUGAUUCAAGAAGCAAACCUCUACCGCCUUCAAAGCGGCUUCGGUUAGAGGCCCAGAGAGUUCUCAAGGAACGAGUUCAGGAGAUUGCGGAUAAGAAAGGGAUCAAACUCCGAUUCUGCAGCCUGAAAGACUGCGAGAAUCAUCAUCAUGCACUGGACAGCCCUUGUGCCAGUAUAAGAAUGGAGAUGGGCUGGCCACAUGGCGUGCCGUUCGUUCAUCCUCACGACCUUCCCAACAAAGCUAAAAUCGGAUUUCUUGAAGCCUAUGAGCCCGGAUGGACCGCCACCCAUGACAUGGAGCUGAGCUUGACCGAAACCACGCAGGGCAACCAACACAUGACCAGCUGAGACAUAUUCAGUUCUUUCUCUGAUGAUUCAGCAAACAAGACAGUAACUUGAGACACUGGUUCAUCUUCUGUUCUUUACUGUUCUGUAACCAUCCAGGUCAGUUCCCAGUGUCAGUGAUUUGGUCUGCGUGUAAAACGAGAUGAUGGAAGUUUCUUACUCUGUCUCAUUAUAUUGUAUGCUAAGAUGCAAACCACAACUUGUCCAUAAUUAAGACAGAAUAUAUUAUUAAGAUUAGAUGUGUCUUA